AACACACAAACUGAUUCGAGAAGACACCGGGGUGAGCGGGGCGGAGCCACACCGACUCUCGGCUGCUGAAAUCAGCCUGGCGGGGGAGAGAAAAGAAAAGCAAGCAUCGGGUUCAAAGCGACUAUCUUCAUCUACAGUGGAGGAGUUUGUGUGUAGAUGUUAACAAGUCCCAUAUGAAGAGCAAAAAUGAGACUCAGGUCUCAAAAAACCGUUACAACGUGUUCGGAGACGCCGAGGACCAACCGCCGACAGUCCAACAAAGCGACCCCGAGACCGACGCGCUUAUCGGUGACCGAAAGCCCGCUUCAAACCAAGAGUGAAGAGACCUUGGAUCAUGACUCCCACCACUCAGAUGACAAAAUACCCACAAUGGCGAGGCGACAACUGCCCCGUGGCCGGGCAAGGAAGAGAGCCAUCGCUGUUGAUGACAGAGAAUCGGAUUUGGCCUUCAAGACUCCGAUCAGGCCCAUCAUGCGCCAUGAGCUCAUACUGUCUGAGAUCAACGCAGGGUCUCCUCGUAACACAACGGCCAGAAACAUCUACUCGCCCAUUGUGCGUUUCCUCACACCCAGCAAAGAGAAUGUGAAGUGUUCACCUACCAGAAACAACGUGUUGAUGAGCCCAGAACAAGGUGUAUUUGGCUUUGGCUCCAUUGACCUUCUGGCCGGAGACGAGGAAGAUGAUGUCUUCAACCCCUUUACCUUCAUCAAGAACAUACCGUCACAGUCUCAGCAUUCCCGACCCCAACUCAGAGAUAUUCCCCCCAAGACCAGGAGCACUCCAGAGGCCACACUGGUGGUCGACCUGCGCCGGACCUCGUCUCUCCUCUUGCGCCAUGUGCAGUCAGUCAGUAGGUGCAACGUUUGGGGCAGGCAGGAGGAGACCCUGAUGUUCAGCUCUCUGAAUGUGAUCGAGGAAGCAGAGUACACCUUCCACACAGCUUUCCAGGACCAUCAGUACAAGGUGUACAUGAUCCUACGACCACAUGUCAAAGAGUUUCUGCAGUCCAUGGCAAAAAUCUAUGAGCUGUUUGUUUACACGUGUGCAAAGAAGGAAUACGCUGAGAAGAUACUGAACAUCCUGGACCCGCAGAGAAAACUGUUUCGUCAUCGUCUGUAUCAGGACGAUUGUGCCUGCGUUGUCGGCCACUACAUCAAAGAUCUCAACGUCCUGGGGAGGGAUCUUGCCAAGACGGUCGUCCUGGACAACGCACCCCACACAUACCCGUACCAUCUGAUGAACACGAUUCCCAUCAAGAGCUGGUCCGGAGAGUCGGAGGACAGAGAGCUCCAGAAGCUCAUCCCCUCCAUGGAGAAACUGUCUGCAGCAGAGGAUUUUCGGGAGGUGCUGAAGAAGAGGAAGGAUCACUUCCACCGGCUGCUGUCAGAGGACUAACAGGACUCUCCGCCUCCCCCAAACUACUUUAUGUGACUUUCACAGCUCGUGUUUGCUUUCUUUAUACUUUGGCUAAAAGCAGAAUCCAGUUGGACUUAGAUAACCUGUUGGUUUGUGCCGGACCUGCUCGCCCUCCUCUGUCCAAACUCCCCCGUUUCUCCGAGACUCAUUCCACCGGGACAUAAACUGUUACCGUGUGUGUGUAUAUAUUUACAAGACAAAACUUGAAAUAUGUUGUUUAUAGUCAUGCUUUUUUAUUUAUUGAUUUAUGUUGCUAAUCAACUGCUGUCCUCUGUAUAUUUUAGAUAAGCUUUUUUAUGCAGUAAAAUCACCCUAAUAAUAAAUGGGAAUAUGGAGCA